AUGUCCCUCAUAGAUAUUCCACCACAUGGAACCCCAAUAUUCGUUAAAAUUAAACAAGAUCGCAGCGAAUACACUUCUAAGAGUGUCAAUAUUACGAACAAUACUGCAAAUUGGACAGAACCUGCAGAGAUUAAGUGUAUGAUUGCUGCUGUUGCCACCGAUAAGCAUCCACAUCCUCUUAGACUUUCUUUCAGGUUCGAAGAUGCAAGUGGCAAAGAUUUUACGCGAUAUGGAAUUGCGGAAAUCGACUGCACUACAGUAUUUCACGAAAAAGUACAAAAUGUCGAGAUAUUACUUUCAAAUUGCACUUAUAAUACAAAAUUCAGAUGUACCAUUGAUGUUAAUACUUCAGCAUCUGGACAACCGAAUUCUCUUGAUAGCUUUUCUACUCCUAAAUCAAAUUCAAUAUCUGAUUUCCCUUCAACUACAACAAAUAUUUCAGAAAGAUCUGUUGGUGCUUUAGUUACAAACGCUAGGACAGGUGGAACAACUGUCAGUUUCCAAGCUCCUAAGCAACCGUAUGAACUUGCACCAGUUCCAAUUUCUGAAAAAAGAUAUCAAGAAUUAGAAACUCAAGUUGAUGAUAUUUUAUCCAAAAUUAUUAUUGAUUCUGCUCAAAUGUAA